AUGGUGCAACUCAGAAACAGUGGUUGGAUUCUGGUGACGAGACAGUGGAGAGGCGGUGGCGCUCAGAGUAAGGAAGGAAAAAAUGGUUUCUUCACUGUAUUUGUUGAUAACAUCCCUUCAGUAAUGGACGCUAAAGCUCUGUACAAACUUUUUUCCAAGUUCGGGAUCGUGAAGGAUGCUUACAUCCCAUUCAAAAGAAGGAAAGUGAUGAACUCAAGGUUCGGGUUUGUCCGUUAUGACUGCCGUAUAUCAGCAUCCGUUGCCAUCCAAAAAGCGAAAGGCCUUUUUGUGGAUGACAUGAUGCUUGUGGUUAAAAUGGCUACCUACGAUAGGAAUAACAGAUCUAAACAGAGCAAGAGAAAGUCUCAGGAUACCAAAAGGAGCAUGUAUACAACUAAUAUCAGGGGCAGUGCUGCAUACGUGGGCCACAGAUCUUUUGCUGAAGUACUAAAAGGAGAUACCUCUGUUUUGGAUGGGCAAUAG